AUGCCUCCCGUCACGUUUCUCUGCCUUCCCAUCUCCCCUCCCCUUCAUGACUCCAGUCACCCACCCACCCAUCCGUCCCCUGUAAACAUUUUCUCCCCUCGUUUCCACCCCCAUCCGUCCCCUUCUAUCCUCUUUUCCCCUCGUUUCCACCCCCAUCCGUCCCCUUCUAUCCUCUUUUCCCCUCGUUUCCACCCCCAUCCAUCCCCUUCUAUCCUCUUUUCCCCUCGUUUCCACCCCCAUCCCAGCUCGCUCCUAUCCCACCCCUACACCAACCCAUUCCUCACCCCUGCUGCCGCACACGCUGACAUCACCUUGGAUGCUCAUACUUCUCCCACUUCUCCUACACCUCCUCUCUUCGGACUCCCACCCUCCAGCUCUCUCACCCUGCUAGCCUUCCUGCUCGAAGCUGAGGAGUAUUUUAGCAGGGGAAGGGAUGGAGGUCCCUUCCCUUCACAUCCCCAGCCCAUUCUUCUGAUCUGCCCUCUCUUCCGUCCCAUCCGCACUAAGCACCCUUUUUCCUCUCAACUGUGCUUCCACCCCUUCCCUCCUCCCAACCCCCACCUCACUCGUCCCGUUCCCCCCCUCAUUUCUCGCUGCUCGGUCUGCAUUGCAUGUGGCAUCUUUAUCUUCCCUCUCCACGGUCUGCCAAUUCAGCCAGGCCACGUGUAUCUUGGUAUUUUGGUGGAACAGAGUGCGGGGUUGGUGGGGUUGGGGGGAGAGUCAGGGGACAGUGGGGUAGGAAGAGGUCUUGAGGGUGUCCACCCAUACACUCACCCUUACACCCCAGAUGAUGGAGGGUGUUUGAGAUGGUGGUUCGCGUCAAGCGUGCACUGCACAAGCUCUUGUCAUGCCUCCAAGCCCUCCUCCGCGCCCUCCGCCGCUCCAAAUGCUCCCGCCUCCACUUCUGCAGUGGGCGCCCACUGGUGCGUGGGCCGUCCCGUGCAUCAUGUGGUGGCUCACGCGCCACCGACUGCCUGCUGCUGA